AAGCUCACUACGACUUGGUAGUAGUUCAUCAUCAUCAAACAAUGCUCUGUUUAACGAGGAUAUUUCAGAGAUCAAAAUCUACCCACCUUGCUUUUUUAUCUUCUGUGGCUUCCAAAUCCUCGUCUGAAAUCGAACGAAUUACCCGAAUCAUCAAUGACCAUCCAUUUCCCGAUCAGCCACUUCACCCCACUCUCCUCCACCAUGUCCCACCGACUCUCCUCUCUCCUUAUUUCGUCGAAAACGUUCUCGGCCGUCUCUUUGCAGCACACUCCAACGGCCUCAAAGCCCUCGAAUUCUUUAAAUUUUCACUCUCGCAGCCCCACUUCACUCCAAGCUCGGAUGCUUUUGAAAAGACUCUUCACAUCCUUACACGUAUGCGCUACUUCGAUAAAGCUUGGGAGUUGAUGAUUAACACGCGAGAAACACAUCGUUCUCUGCUCACUCUCAAGUCAAUGAGCAUCAUGUUAUCGAAGAUCGCGAAGUUUCAAUCUUUCGAAGACACCGUUCACGCGUUUGAGAGAAUGGAGAGUGAAAUUUUUGUGGGGAGGAAGUUUGGUACCGAAGAGUUUAAUGUAUUGCUUCGAGCGCUUUGUACUGAGAGGUAUAUGAAGGAGGCGCGCGCAGUGUUUCAAAAGCUGCACGUUCGUUUUAGUCCCAACAUCAAGACGAUGAAUAUUCUGCUUCUGGGGUUUAAAGAGUGCGGUGAUAUCACAGCAAUGGAGCUGUUUUAUCACGAGAUGGUUCGAAGAGGCUUUAAACCAAGCACGGUAACGUAUAAUAUCAGAAUCGAUGGGUAUUGUAAAAAGGGUUGUUUUGGUGAUGGGUUGAGGCUUUUUGAAGAGAUGAAACGAGUCGAUUGCGUGCCGGGUUUGGAAACAAUCACUACUUUGAUUCACGGAGCAGGGGUUGUUCGAAACGUAAUUAAAGCUAAGCAACUGUUUGAUGAAAUGCCUGAGAGAAAUUUAAAGCCUGAUAUUGGAGUUUAUAAUGCAUUAAUAAGUUCGCUCAUCAGAGGGCGAGAUGUUAACUCUGCUAUGGACUUGAUGGAUGAGAUGGAAGAGAAGCAAAUUGGGCAUGACAAUGUGACUUAUCAUACAAUGUUUUUAGGAACAAUGAAAUCAAGCGGCAUUGAGGGUGUUUGCAAGCUUUAUAACAAGAUGAUUGAGAGGAAUUUUGUUCCGAAAACACGAACGGUUGUGAUGUUAAUGAAGUUUUUCUGCGAAAACCGCAGGCUCGAUUUGGGUUUGGACUUGUGGAAAUACUUGGUUGAUAAAGGGUUUUGUCCUCAUAGUCAUGCAUUGGAGAUCUUGGUGACAGGAUUGUGUGUCAGAGGAAGAUUACAAGAAGCCUGUGAUUGCUCUAAACAAAUAUUGGUGAGAGGAAGGCAAAUGAGUGAUGCAGUGUACAGGAUGUUGCAGAGAUUUUUACUACAAUCUAAUGAAAUGGCCAAGUUGGAGGAACUCAACAGCUUGAUCAAGAAAUUGCAAACAGUUUUGCCCCCAACAAGAGUCUCCAUAGAUACAGACUAGCAUUUUCAACUGUAGUCUUGGGCUAAGAUUGGCCAAUUGGUCCUUGUUUGCUAAAUUGGGCUGUUGAUCCAAAUGAAGUGUGAGAUGGGUUAAACAUUGAGUCUGUAAUCCUAAGAUUUGCCAUUUGGU